AUGUUUAAACGUUUGAAAACAGAAGGUGAUGGAGGGGGUUGUGGUGGGCGUGAGGUGGAUGAGUGGACAGAGGAGAGUGAGGAGCGAGAGGUGGAGGAUGGGGAAGAGGGGGAGGGGGAAGGGGAGGAGGGGGAGGAGGUGGAGGAGGAGGAGGGGGAGGGAGAGGGAGAGGAGGAAGAAGAGGAGAGGGAUGUGGGCACGGAGGAAGUUGAGGGAGAGCGAGAGGGUGAUGAAGGUGAGGGGACUGAGGAUGAGGUGGAGGGAAGAGAGGCGGAGGGAGGAGAGGUGGAGGGGGAGGGCGAUGGGGGCCACAGAGAAAAGGGGGUUGCGUUGGAAGGCAGUGUGGAGAUGGGAGGUCAAGGCGAGCGUGCAGCUGACGGGAUUAUGACAAAUGGUCUCCUCUCUGUGCCGCCUGCUUUCGCCACCCAUGCAGCAGCACCCAUCUAUGACCCGUCAGCCGCACUCCACACGCCCCCCACACACACACAUGCCUCUCCACAUGGCCACACUCACACGGCUCCUCUGCACCCAUCCGCUCCCCCUCGUACCCAUCCGCACACCUCCCACUCCCCUGCCCCUUCCUCUGCCAUUCCACCCAGUCUUAUGCAACCCAGUCCUUUCCAGAAAGGGAGAAGUGAGCAAGGGAGAGGGGAGGGAGGGCAAGGGAGAGGAGGGUCGAAAGGAGGAGGGAGAGGGGAAGGAGGGAAGCGGAGUGGAAAGGAGGGUGGUGGUGGGCGGGGCACGGGAGAGGGGUCAGGUGUGGUGAUGCGAGGGAAGGCUUUUGAGGCGCCUCAAAAGUCGUCUCAGUUUGAGCGGGGCACGGGAGAGGGGUCAGGUGUGGUGAUGCGAGGGAAGGGAGCAUCGUCUCCCUCUCCUCCUCUUGCUACCUCAUCCGCUCUUGUUCCUCCCGGUUCUCUGCCUUCCGCUCUCACCGCUGGUGUCGCCGCCGCCGCCGCUGCUACUUCUGCUGCAACAGCAGGGGGAGCAGCGGCAGCACCUGCGUCAGCCCGUUUGCUGCAACCCCCCCUUACUGCCCCUCCCUUUAUUCAUCCCACGGCUGCUGCUGCUGCCGCUGGUGAUGCUGCUCCCUCCAUGUCCCUGUUACUACCACCGCCAGAGUUCAAGCCCAGGCGGACCUCCUCCCUCUCCUCCUCCUCCCCACUCCUCCGCCCGCCUGCCCUCCUCCCCCCCUCCUCUCCCCUCCUCCGGGCCGUCUCUGCAGCAGCUGCAGCCCCAGCAAGCAGCAGAGAGGCAGCAGCGGAUGAGGGGCCGAGAAUGAAGAUCUCUCUGGUGGGCGCUGGGGAGGGAAAGGGGCUCGUGGGGGGCGAUGAGGGGAGGAGGUGGGCUCAUGGUGAGCUGCUGGUGGGCAGCAGAGGCAGGCUUUUCGGUCCCUCUGCUCUGGGCUCGGUAUCGGUAGGAGCAGUGGGAGGGGUAACAGGAGGGGCGCAUGCAGUGGGCGAGGCAGCAGCAGUAGGGGCUGCAGGAGGACGGGCAGCAGCAGCAGGAGCCGUGGAGGGCGAGGAGGAGGAGGAUGCAGUGGCUGCUCUGGCUGCCAUGGCUGCCGCUGCUACUGCUGCCCUGCCAGGGGAUUCUUUCAGUGAUCCGCCUCUCGCUCACACACACGGUGGUGCGACUGUCACUCACACACACGGUGCACGAGACGAGCUCACUGCCAAGGGGGUGCCCAGAGGAGGAAAGCACAGCACCUCUGCUGCUCCAGAUACCCCUGCUUCUCCCGCUCGUGCUGCUGCCACUGCAGCGGGUAGCAAGCGAGCAGGUGGCAAGGGGCGUUUGGCCGGGGCGGGGAAGGGGGAGGGCGCAGGGGCAGGGAAGGUGGGUGCUGCGAGUGCAGGAGGGAAAGCAGGGGGGGUUGCUGGAGAAGCAGCACUAGGAGCAGCAGGGGUUGGGAGAAGUGCUGCAGGGGGCGGUGGUGUAGUUGCCGCAGGGGUUGAUGCUGCAUCUGGCAGCGCUGCGAAGGUGGGGAAGAAGAAGGGGAAAGGUCCGGGAUUUGUUGUGUCGAAACCGAGUGUGGCGGUGGGAGAAGCGGCAACUGCAGCGACUGCCGCCGCUUCUGCGAGUUGUGUUAGUGCUGGUGGUGGUUCUGGUGGUUGUGCUGCAAGGGAGGAGCGGGCAGGCAUGUUGGGGCACUUGGCUGCUCUGCUGGACCAAGCCAGUGCAGGAUCAGCAGAUGGAGGAGGUGUGGGUGCUGGUGGUGCUGGUGGCAGUGCUGGGGGUGGGGGUGGCAGUGGUGGUGCUGCUGCUGCUGUUGGUGGGAGUGGGGUGAAGGUAGGCAAGCAUGCUGGUAAAGUGGAGAAGCGGGAGGGGAAGAAAGGGCUCAAGGAGCGGGGCAGGGAGCACAGCGUGCCAUUUUCAAAAGCAUCAGCAGCACCAAUGGCAGGGGCUGCUGGGGGUUCUGGGGUUCUCCAGAGAACCACAGACCACGGGGAAGAGAGUGCAGAGGGAGGGCUGGGAGAGGAAAGGGGUGGGGAAGGAAGGGAGGGUGCAAGGGGUGGGGGGGGAGAGGAGGCGUCUGGGGGUGUGAAGAAGGGCCGUGGGCGGCCGAAAGGCUCCAAGAAGAUUGGCAAGAGAGGCAAUCCCUCAGCUACACCGCCCCUUAGUGCCGCUGCUGCAGCUGCUGCUGCACCGUUGCUGGCAGCAGCAGGAAGCAGAAAAGGCGGAGGAGGAGGAGGAGGAGGAGCAGGGGAAGGGACAGGAGGCGCAGGAGGGGCAGGAGGGGCAGGGGUGAGCGGGAAGGAAGAUACGGCUGCUCUGAUGCUCUUCUCCCUGGCUCAGCUGGCUGAGGAGCCCCCAGAGGAGGGUGAAGAGGGGACGGAGGGAGAGGAGGGACUGGAGGGGCUGGGAGGUGCUCGAAGAGGCCAAGACGAAGCGAGUGGAACAAAGGCAAGCAGUGGAGCUGCUUGUAGCGAGGAUGGGGAUGCGUUUUCUGCUGAAGCAGCAGGAGAAGGAGGCAGAGGAGGAGGAGGUGCUUUGGGGAAUGCGAGUAAGAGAAGUAUGGACGGAGGCAAGGGCAGAGAUAUGGAUGCAGGGAGAUGGCAAGACAGGGCGAUGGGUCGUGGGCUUGGUGCGUGGACAGAGGACGAGAAAGCAGAGGAAGAGGAGAAAGAGGAGGAGGAGGAAAUAGAGGAGGGAGAGGAGGAGGAGGAGGAGGAGGAGGAGGAGGAGGAGGAGGAGGAGGAGGAGGAGGAGGAGGAGGAGGAGGAGGAGGAGGAGGAGGAGGAGGAGGAGGAGGAGGAGGAGGAGAGGGUGGUGGUGGUAGCACCACGCAAGCGCAGACGCACCGCCACAGCCAUGGAGCCGGUGGUGCUGCCAGGCGUGCGAAGAGAUGCCGUGCUCACUCCUCCUCGAAAGCGGAGGGAAGAGGAGAAGAACGCAAAGCAGAAGGAUCCAUCUCGCAGUGGAAGCUUCGAGGACGCCAGUGGAGGAGGCGGUGCUGCCCUCUCCUCCUUCCCACUCCCUCUCCCUGCCACUCACGACACUGAUCUUAUGCGUCUCCUCCCUGCUGCUGCUGCUGCCAGUGGUCGUAGAAGGGUGGGUGCGGCAGCUAGGAGGGGGUAUGGCGAGCAGGGGGGGGAAGCGGGGGAGGAGGGGGGGCAGGGGGGAGCGGAGGAGGCGGAGGAUGAGGAGGAGGAGGACAAGCCGAGGAGGAGGCGAAGGCAGAAGCUGCACCUGCUGCCUGAGACGCCCGUGGGCAAGGGGGCAGGAAGGAAGAAGGCACGUACUGGCAGGGUGGGAGGGGCGGAUGGGGGAAGAGGUCAGUAG